AAAAAAAAGUGGCAAUAUACAAAACUACCCAAAUUCUUAGAAGUGUCUACAACUUUUACCCACUUUUUCUCUCAUCUACAACUUUUAACCAUUUGUAUUUUUUAAUAUAUUUUGUCAUCACACAUGUACACGCUUUUUUAUGCUUGUCAGCAAUCAUCUCAUAAUUGUUCACGCAUGAGUUGAAGGAGUGUACUAUGAUUCUCUAUCAUUUUGUCCUUUUAUGAUUCCCCCAUCACCUUUUGUGCCUAAAAUACCACCAAGGAAAUGAGUUUGAAAUACCGCACAUAUGUAAAUAUUAUACGAAAAUAAUAUUUACAGGUUAAAAUGAUGCAAAGGAUUCUCUACACCAUAGAAAAUACUGUCUAAAAAAAUUAAAAUACCAUCGGAAUAAAUGAUAAUACCGCCGGUCGAUAUUCUCAAAUAUUCGGACGGUAUAGUGAUUUUGACGAUGGUAUUUUCUUUUUUCGACGACGGUAUUAAAUUUAUUUCCAACGGUAUUCUAAGUACGUCUGGCUCCUUUUAAUUUCACUUUCACGUGAAUAUAAAGUUCUUGCAAGUACACUCAUGUCAAUAUAAAGUGAUUCCUAGUACAUUCACGGGUGAGGGUGAGUAAAUUAAACAUAAAUUAAACACAAAGGCCUCCAUAUAUGUUGAAAGGAUGAAGUAAAUACGACACAAACAUUCAAAACAAGUUGUCUCAAAGGCCUCUAUAUUUGUUGAGUUAUAAUUCUUCUUCUUGGAAGCUUUGGGGUUCUCAGCUGCCAUUUCAUUGGAGAAUUGGGAGAAAAAAAAUUUCAUCGCAUAUCUAUCAACUAAAGAUGACGGAGUGGAAAAACGUCCUUGUGAGAUAUGGAGGAUAUUGGAACGAUGUCUUAUAUUGUGGUGGAGGUGCUACAUUUGGUUAUGUUCAGACAAAUAACAUAAGCAUUUCGGAGUUAAGGCAAAAUAGCAAUUACUACUUGAUGGCAAAUUCACUGAGUACCAUCUACAAUUUAUACUAUCUAUCGAGAUCUCGAAGUGGCAGGAUCAUCCGAUCUCUUUUAAGUACUGAUGACCAACUUUCUCGACUUUGUGCCUUUGAGGUCGAGCCAGAGGUUUAUGUGACACAUGAUGGUGGCACUUCCCAAUCGGAGCAAGAAGUUUAUCGACCUUCGAUCGAGAUACCGUAUGCAUCUACUUAUGAGCACCCUCCUCAGCCCACGUCAUUCGAGGAGCCCAUCUCAAACCACAUGAGAGGUUUUGAUUGGUUUGCUGAUAAUAAUGAUGAUGAAGAGUAUGUUCCAUCAACAGACACUGAUGAUGAAGAAGAUGAGGAGCGUGAGUCUGCUCGAGUUGAUUAUGGCACAUUUGCUGAGCAUAUAAUUUUUGCUAGCUUCUUAAACUAAAUUUUAUUUUAAACAAAUAAUUCAGGCAUUUAGGCGAUGAUUUAUCUAAGCAUGUUGGAGACUAUUAUCAAUCAGCAAAGCUACGAGAGGCAUACUCGUAUCGGGUAAACUCUGUCCCGCCACAUGCUUCAUGGAUAGUCCCUGCAGAUGUUGCAAGUAUUUGUGUUUUACCUCCACUAUGGAAGCGACAGUUUGGUCGGCCAAAAGAAACGCAACAUAAGGGACCCACUGAGAAAGAUUCACAAAAGCAGAAGACAACACCAGGCAAUGCGGCAUCCACAAGCAAAAGUCGUGUUCCUAAGACGUGUAGUUUGUGUGGAGCGAGAUCGCAUACACGUCCCAAUUGUCCUUACUUACUGCAAGAUGAAUGAGUGUUUGUUGUAAUUCUACAUUCUAAUGUGUUUGUUGUUAUUCGUGGAUGCAUGUUCUUAUGGUUUUCUAGUAUCUUAAUGGU